ACAAAAGAAGAAGCAGAUGAAGCGGAAGACGAACAAAAAUAAUAUGAAUGAAUCCUCGCCUGCCUUGCAUUUUUUAAGAAUGGAGAAAAACUUCUGCCAGUGGAAGAAACAAUGUCUAGACAAAGUGGACCUGAGUAGGAAAGGCGUUGUGGAUGAAGAUGUCGUCCAUAUUGUGUCGCUGCUUAAUAGUUACGAGGAAUAUUUCACCACCAGUUCAUGCUCCGGACGAAUUAUCAUCAUUGACAAGGCUCCAGAAAGUGUUGUCGUCCAGAAGAAGAACCUUGUCUGGCUGUUGGUCUCGCAUAGUAAAUGCACAUUUGAUGACAUGAUGUCCGCCCUGGCCAACUCUUGUGGAAAUGCUGUGCUGAAGUUUGAGCCCUUUGUGAUGCAUGUACAGUGUCGGAGAAUGGAUGAUGCUCACUUAUUGCUCUCAACAGCUCUUCAGUCCGGUUUCAAAAACUCUGGUCUCACUGCAAGCAAGAAAGGGAAGAUCAUCACGGCAGUCCGCUGCACCCACAGCCUGGAGGUUCCUCUCAGCAACCAAGGCAGACUCUUGGUUUCUCAUGAAUAUAUUCAUUUUUUAACCCAGAUAGCCAAUCAAAAGAUGGAAGACAAUUUAAAACAAAUCGAAAGGUUUUACCAGAACAUCCAGACCGCUUUGACGGCAACCAACCAACCAAAAGUCCUGCAUGAUUCCAAAUGGCAUGAAUUAAAGCAACCUCCUUGCAUGGAUUUGGAAAAGACGGAACAGGACAAAGACGAUGAACACUAAAUUUCUGGAUUUACCUUAAAAAGUGGAAAUUUGUAAAUCUGAAAAUCUGGUGUUUUUUUCUGUAGAAAAUACACCUUGUUUACCCUAAGAGGGUAGUACAUGUUAAUACAUGUAAAAUGUAUGUCUUUAUGCUUCACUGAGAAGGUUUUUCGUUAGCCGGUCCUUGAACUAACCACAAAAGCUUUUUGCGAUACUGCCAUUGUGGGGGAGAGUGGACUCUAUGUGUGUUAGGUAGGUUCGCUGGAGCACCUCAUCCACACCAGAAUUCCGGUCAGAGAGUGAGCAGGGCUCGACAAUAACGAUGUACCGAUGGCCCGGGGCAAGUUAAAACCAAAUUGGGGCAAGUAAAUCCAAUCAGUGAUAUUCCCGUCGGGCAAGUGCACUUUGGAAUGCCGUACUGCGAAGAGUUUUUUUUUAAAGCGGUUCUUGUUGGGUGUUGGUAAAACACGGACUGCGUAAUUCCAGUGGUAAUUUGCAAACCAAUCCUUGCAAAUCUUGAAAUGGACCAAUCAUUACAAUUACAUUACAAUGAAAUUGUAAUGUAAUUACAUUAACAAUGAGGGAAUUUACAAUAGCCAUAGCUUUAAAAAAUGAAUAAAUACAUCUGUUCAUGUCAUGUUAUUGUCAUUAAUGGUUACUGGUUACAUCACUUGCACUUUCCGUUUCCAAAGGGUAUCCAAGGUGACUGCAGUCUUUGAUCACCACAUCCUGGCAAACGGAUUAUUACCACCUUGCUGCUACAACCUUGUUACACUCCGACAGCUAAGCCUUUCUCCAUUUGCAC